AUGUCACAGCCAACACCGAAGCAGGCCAACACACCAAGCGCCAAAGACGAGCAGAAGUGCCGAUUGCUCACCCUCCCAGGCGAGCUCCGCAACAGAAUCUACCGUCUCGUCCUCCUCACCGCCAACAACGAGAAAAUUUCCAUAUCAUCGACCGGAUUCUCCCGUCCAGCUCUCACUCGAGUCAACAAACAAGUCCGCCGCGAAACUCUCAAGAUUUUUUACUAUGAGAACCGCUUCAAGACCACCAUCCAUGCUUUCCACCCAGCUUUGCUCAGAAAGUUCAUCGCGUGCAUCUGCACUGCAGAUUCGGAACUCGAACAGCGACUUCUCAGUUACACACUGUCUGUUCCGCUCGACUCGCCAUCCUGGAGCAAUUUGAUGGCUUGGGCGAAGGAGUACCAUGGGAAGAUUCUUCUUGCUAGGCCACAUCCGCCGAAGAAGUUGAGGGAGUUUGAGAUGAGUGAUAUGACUAGGCAUGUGGUUGGGGCUAUGUUUGAGACUGUAAGGGUUUUGAGGAAGCAGCCUUGGAAGCAGGUUGAGGAGGUUCUGGGUGUAAGUCGGCCGACUUUGAUUACGCUCGAUAGGAGGUGGGAGGAGGAUUGA